GGUCUAAUGGAGUAAGAUAAAUAAACUGAUUAUGUGGCAACUUGAAAAACCAGGAAAUGAUGACAUGAGAGGAUGACCCUAGCUGGUCACAUAUAUAAAGUGUGAAGAAGACAAGAUCCCUCAGUGCUGCAGCAGCGUCCUAGGGUUCAGGAGUCAAGAUGCAAGCCUUGGUGCUGCUGGCGGUGCUGGUGGCUCGGACUGGUGCCAAUGAACUCUUGUUCAACAUAAACCCAGACGAGAUACAACAAGACACUGCCAUCUUCAACCAGGACCCAUUGUUGGCUCCAGACGGAGACCUCAUCGGCAUCUCCAGUACCAACGGUGCACUCUACAGUUAUCAAGGUGGAGGAGUAAAUAACUACAUCCCAGGAGGCGGCUAUCCUCAAGCAGGGGUAGCAGGCUACCCAGGAAGUGGCAGAUACCCAGGAGGAACUGGCAGCCGCUACCCAGUAGGAAGUGGCAGCUACCCAGUAGGAAGCGGCAGCUACCCAGUAGGAAGCGGCAGCUACCCAGUAGGAAGCGGCAGCUACCCAGUAGUCGGCGGCAACCCAGGAGGCUUCCCGAUUGUGGGAGGCGGCGGCGUCGGCUUCCCAGUAGGAGGACACGGAUCACACGGCUGUCCACGAAGGUAUGGACAAUGUCGCCUCUACGGUUAUCGGCAACACCCGUGUAGAUACGAUCACGAUUGCUUGAGCCCUGGACACAAGUGCUGCUACGAUGAAUGUUUUCGCUACCGUGUAUGCAAGAACAUCUAUUGAUAGUGAGGUUGUGGCCCAACCUCCAGGCUUUGAGGACGGGACAUUAUGAAACAAAGCGCCAGCUAAGUUAUCCGCAGGCAGGUAUCCAGGCAGCGGCGUCCCAUUUGAGGACUUCAUCUUCUUGAUUCGCUGGUAUUUUUCCGGCCCGGGUCUUUUCCAGAUGGUGGCCCAGCCUUGGCUUCCUGGCUUGGGAGUGUCUGGGCCAUCUGAGGACGGGACACGCUGUAUGCAUGCCUUCCAGAGUUGUUCGUAAUUCAGGAAAAUUCCCCCGGACUCAGCCCCCAUCCGGAAACCAAAUACCUAUCGUUGUACAACAAUAUUCUGCCUUAUUUGCUUAGUUUUUGAAGAGGAUUUCAAGUCAGUCUCAGCUGAUUACCAUCUGUAUCCCAGCGCCUCAAGAUGCAAGAUGAUUUUCGUCUCAGUACGCAAAUUGACGAGAGAAAUUUCUCACAUUUGACUAGGAUGUGUGCACUAUUUAUAUCCCCCUCACGUUAUUCACUAUAUUUAUUUUAGCAACAAAGUAGCUUUCCAUGUACAUUAGGAAUUGCUAUGUUCUAUUUAUUACUUUUUUGUACUGGAAUUUUUAAGUAGUGAAACUGCUUUGCAAUAAAUUUAUAUUUAAACUC